AUGAUUGCGCAAAUUCUCACCAACACUGCCGAGUCGGUCAUGCGCCCUAUAUAUAAUUUUUUUGCAGAGUAAAACUGUCGCGUUCACAGGCGAUCUCGGUGUUCACGGUGACGGCGCCGCCGGCGAACAUGGCCAAAGUGCGGCCGAGCGAGGAGAUGCACGAGGCGAGCACCUCGAAGUUUCACUCGAAGGGCAUCGAUGCACUCGUCACCAUGGCCGCCAAAGUGAGUCAGUUUGCAGCUCUAGGCCACGGUCUCCCAUGGCGCGAAUGAUUUCAAUGGGGCGCACUUGCAACAGGCGGGCUGUGUCAAUUUACGCGGCGGCCGAUUAAUUAAUUUUCAACGGGAGUUCGCGUUCUUUCCAUGUUUUCUGUACAAUACACCUAUUUUUUUGUACGCCUGGAACCUGCACUCGAAUAAUUAGAGCACUAGCUACGUUUUGGUAACAGAAAUCUCACAUAUCGUUGAGAAUUAGCCGAGUUAUUUAGAUUUGAAGGUUUUGGCCUGAAUUUAGAUGUUUUUCGAAUAGUUUUCGAAAACUGCUCAAGAAAACUAACCGCCGGAACCUGAAUUUUGUGAAGAAAGAUUCAGCGAACAUUUUUAUCGUUCGUUGGGCUCAUGAAAUGCAAAAUGAGCUGAAAUAUAAAGGUUUGAAGUUUUGACGAAAUGCGAAAAAGACGCUAAAACAUGAAUAACUCUAAAUUCUGUAAAGAACGGUUUCCAAUCAGUAAAAUAUUGUUUUAUAGACGUUUUUCAAGUCAAAAAGAAAGAAAUAAAGGUCGUAAACUCGAAUUUAACUGCAUUUUUAGACCUGCAAAUUUUCAAAAGUUACAACGACACUCCGCAAUUUACGAGCGCACUGUGUUUAGCAUUAGCGCCCUGGGAGACCGUGGAGGCCUUGAUUUUCUAGGCCACCAAUAAAAUCGUCUUCAAUUUCAGCUGUUCGGUGCGGUCUCGCGAAAAUGGGAACGGCGGCAAUCGACGAGUUCGAGUAACGAAAGUGUCGAAUCGGGCAUCGCCACCAACGUUAACGUUAGUUUAGGCGCAAACAUUUUUUGUUUUUGAAAAAUAUCUGGCUUUGUUUCAGGUGGCCGCCUACACACAGAGUUCUACAAGAAAGUGAGUUUUUUAAAAAUUGGAAACAAUUUUGCAUGACACACUUUUCUAUUCUAAAUCACAGUUUCAAGUGAGGUUUCUAGGCCACCAGCUCAAAUUUGAGUCCUAGACCCAGAAGUCAUUUCUUAUUGAUUAAAAAUUGUAGGAGAAAGCUUUAAAAUGCUCCACUUUGCAGACUGGCAUUCGGAACGGCGGCGACGGAAGAGCACAAGCCCCUGGACGACUUCUACAACAACUCGACGCUGACAAACUUCUCGAAGCUGUUCUGCGCGAUCGUGCUGCUCACCGCCUUCUUCCUCGUCAUGUCGCGGAGUCUGCAGUUCGCCUACGAAGCACAGGCGGCCGCUUCCCGUGGUGCGUCGGCCGGCGCCAACGCAACGCAAACUGCUGUGAGCACGAUGGCGUCGAGCGUCAAUCUGUCCGCACUUUUGAUUGAAUACUAUCAGCAGCAGCACUUGCAAAAUUACUAA